UGCCAUCAGGUCGGAUGUUUGUGAAGGCUGAUGGAGAUGCAUACAGCCUGCUGGUGUCUCAGGCUGGCCCAGCAGACAGUGGGCGCUAUGUGUGCAAAGCCAAGAACACUGUGGGUGAAACCUAUGCAGCUGCUACCCUCAAGGUGGAGGCAGCAGAACUGAAAUCCAAAGGCGAUCUUGACACCCAACCUCCAAUCUUCCUGAACAGGCCAGUCUCAGCACGAGUAACGUGGGGAGAGGAUGUGACAUUUGCUUGCAGGGUCUCAGGACAGCUUGAGUGGGAAAAGGAUGGCCAUAAACUGACAGAUAUCUUUGAAAGCAGCCAUUACAAAGUGAGUGUGGAGGCUGGUGACUGGCACUCCCUACACAUCUACAACACCCGUCUCCCGGAUGCAGGGGUCUAUGUAUGCCGGGCACAGAACAGUUUUGGAGAGGCCAUGGCUGCAGCCGUGCUUCUGGUAGACUCUUUGCCAAGUGUGCCCCAUGAUGGUCCUUUUCAGAAUGCACCCCAAAAUUUGUUUCAAAGCCUACCCACUACAAAGGCCUUUACUGUGAAUGAAGGGAAGCAUGCAAAGUUUCGGUGUUAUGUAACUGGCAAGCCCAAGCCAGAGAUAGUCUGGCAGAAGGAUGGGAAGGUGCUGUCCCCUGGAAGAAGGCACCUGCUCUACGAAGACAGGGAGGGCUACUUCAUCCUCAAGGUGCUUUACUGCACAGCACGGGACCGUGGGCUCUAUGUGUGCACUGCUUGCAAUACAGCUGGCCAUACACUAAGCGCAGUGCGCCUCCAUGUCAAAGAACCUCGGCUGCGAUUCCAGGUACCCUUGGUGGAUGUGGAAGUUCUAGAACGCCAGGAUGCAGUGUUAGAGUGCCGAGUUCCUCUAGAGACCAUCCCUACAGUGUGGUAUCUUGAAGACAAGCGCCUGCAGCCCAGUCCUAAGUACCUGAUGGAAGAGCAGGGCCUGCUGCGGCGGCUAACUGUGCGGGAUGCCCGGGCUGAUGAUGAUGGCAUUUACUUAUGUGAAAUGGAGGGUAAAGGCCGCAGCGUUGGGGAACUCUCAGUUCAAGGCCUGAUUGUGAAGCGGCUGCCACGGAAGCUAGAUGUGAUGGAAGGGGAGAAUGCUGCCUUCUGUGUGGAAACACGGGAACCUGUGGAGGCAUCAAGUUGGGACCGUAACGGGCAGGAACUUGUGGAGGCACCACAUAUCCUGAUUAGGAGCUUUGGUAAAACGCACCUGCUGGUCUUGGUACAUGUGACGCGACAUGAUGCAGGGGUCAUCACUUUCACAGCGGGCGAGUCACAGACUUCAGCACAACUCCGUGUCAAAUGUGCCAAGAGGAUUCCACCAAGUGCCCCAGUGGCAGCUAGGAUGUGCAUGACCCGGAACAAUGCUGCCCUUCUGACUUGGUGUCCACCCCCUGAUGUGCAUCGCAGCCCCCCAAGCAGCUACCUCCUGGAGCGGCAAGCAGUUGGAGAGGCUGAGUGGGUGCCUUGCCUCACCACUGAUGUUGCCAGCAUGGUUGAAGUUCCAGGUGAUGGUGUGCCACAGGAGGCUGACUACCGCUUCCGCGUGUGUUCUGCCAAUCAGUAUGGGUGUAGCGAGCAUGUGGAAUUCCCUGGCUCUGUGCAUCUUGUGCCCAGGGUUCGUGUACAGAGAGGAGUGCAAGAUGUUUGGGUUCACAUUGGCGAGGAUGCUGUUUUCUCAGUGCAGCUCUCAGCUGCUGUAUGUGGCAGAUGGUUCUUGAAUGGGAAAAGGUUGGAAGAAGACGGCGAGCAGUGCCAGAUCACACGAAGUGGGGUGGACCAUACCAUGGUGAUCAAAAAUGUACAGUUAGCAGCCACAGAGUCUGAGGUGCAAUUUGAGGCCAAUGGGAUCAAGGAAUGCGCUGUACUGCAUGUACGAGCUCCCCAAGUACACAUUACCCCAGUGCCAGAGGCCAGACGACUUCAAACACUUCUGGCUGGGAUGCCACUGGUCCUGGAAUGUGAGGUCUCUGUACCUGAUGUUUCCAUUUGCUGGCUCAAAGAUGGGAAUCCUGUGGCCUUGGAUGACGGUACACUUGUCCAAUCAGAAAGCAACAUUCGCAGACUUCAGAUUCCUUCAGUCUGCUCUUUGGACUCUGGGAUUUAUACAUGUGAUGCGGGAGAUGAUUCUAUCAGCUUCACCGUGACUGUGGAUGAACCUCCUGUGAGAGCUUUGAGUUCUAAUGCCAAGGAGGUCCAUGCCUACCAGUUCACAGAACGUAUAGUGUUGGCCUGUGAAUUGUCCCGCCCAGAUGCUCCUGUGCACUGGUACAAGGAUGGGAAAGUAGUGGAAGAAAGUGAGGCCCUCCUGCUGGAAAGUGAAGGGCCUCAUCGCCGUCUCGUUAUUCCCUCAGCACAAGUGGAUGAUGCAGGACAGUUUGUGUGUGACAUAGGUGGAAAUUCUGUCUUCUUCAACGUCACUGUCACAGAACCUCCUGUGAGGGUUGUGCAUUCCAGCGCUGAGGAGGCCCAUGCCUAUCAGGUUUCAGACCGUGUGGUGCUGGCCUGUGAACUGUCCCGCCCUGAUGCUCCUGUGCACUGGUACAAGGAUGGGGAAGAGGUGGAAGAAAGUGAGGCCCUCUUGCUAGAGAGUGAAGGCCCCCACCGCCGGCUGAUCAUUCCUUCUGUGCAGCUCCGUGAUACAGGAGAGUUUGUAUGUGAUGCAGGUGGCGAUUCUGCCUUCUUCAACAUCACUGUCACAGAGCCACCUGUGCAGGUUGUGUGCUCCAAUGCAGAUAAAGCUCAUAGCUACCAGACCUCAGACCGUGUGGUGCUGGCCUGUGAGCUGUCCCGCCCUGACGCUCCUGUACACUGGUUCAAGGAUGGGGAAGAGGUGGAAGAAAGUGAGGCCCUCUUGCUAGAGAGUGAAGGCUCCCACCGCCGGCUGAUCAUUCCUUUUGCGCAGCUUCGUGAUACAGGAGAGUUUGUAUGUGAUGCAGGUGGCGAUUCUGCCUUCUUCACCAUCACUGUCGCAGAACCUCCUGUGAGGGUUGUACAUUCCAGUGCCGAGGAGAAGCAUGCCUACCAGGUUGCAGAUCGUGUGGAGCUGGCCUGUGAACUGUCCCGCCCUGAUGCUCCUGUGCGCUGGUACAAGGAUGGGGAGGAGGUAGAAGAAAGUGAGGUGCUCUUGCUGGAGAAUGAAGGUCCACACCACCGGCUUAUUAUUCCUGCAGUACAAGUGCAUGAUGCAGGGGAGUUUGUGUGUGAUGCAGGUGGCGAUUCUGUCUUCUUCAACAUCUCUGUCACAGAGCCCCCUGUGCAGAUUUUGCAGCCAGCUGAGCGUUCAGUGGAGAAACAAGUGUGGGCACUUGAGCGCCUGGAGCUGAGCUGUGAGGUGUCUGUGCCCGAUGCUCCUGUGCGCUGGUUCAAGGAUGGGCUGGAGGUGGAUGAAACACACAACCUCUUGCUGCAGACAAAGGGUGCUGAGCGCCACCUUGUCAUCCUGCAGGCAAGUGCUGAAGAUGCUGGAGAAUACAUCUGUGAAACCAAGGAUGAGUCUGUCUCCUUCAAUGUCAGAAUUUCAGAGCCCCCUGUGAAGAUCGUGUGGCCCCGCAGGGCUCCCUCUGUCCUGAAGGUCUCAACGGGGGAGACAGUGACUCUGGCCUGUGUGCUCUCUCAUGGGAAAGCGCCUGUCCGUUGGGUUAAGGACGGUGUCACGCUAGAGGCCAACAGCGGCCUUGUCCUGGAGGAAAAGGGUGCCCAGCGGUGUCUGGUCAUCCCUGCAGCUGGCCCAGAGCAUUCUGGGAAAUACAUCUGCAACGCUGUUGAUGACACCAUGACCUUCACCGUCCAGGUGUCUGACCCCCCAGUGCGGAUAGUGGGGCGCGAUGAGUUGCAAACUCAACACAGCUUCCUAGCUUCAGAGGACCUGGUAUUAUCAGUGACAUUGUCUUGCCCUAAAGGGGAGGUGAAGUGGUACAAAGAUGGUGAGAAACUGCAGGACACGGACCGUGUGCGAUUGGAGCAGGAUGGGGCACGCCAUUCGCUGGUGAUUCUAGGAGGAGAACGCUGUGAUGCAGGGGAGUAUCUGUGUGACAGUGGUGACGACAGCCUCAUUUUCUACGUCAAAGUAGAGGAGCCCCCCAUCUCCAUUGUGGGAAACACAGGGGUGCCAGAAUACCACUCCUUGGCAGCUGGAGAUGCCCUGGUAUUAGCCUGCCAGGUGUCCCUCCCUAGUGCUGCUGUGCGCUGGAUGUGGAAUGGAGAGGAGAUAGUACCCAGCAGACGUCUUCGUAUUGAAGCCCAUGGAACACACCGGCAACUCACCAUAUUUGAAACCAAACCAGAAGACUCAGGUUCCUAUGUCUGUGAUGCAGGCGCUGAUCGGAUGGUGGCCACACUGGAAGUUGCAGCACCCCCUGUGCGCAUUGUGAAUAAAAAUGAUGCCCAGGCGCCUUUUGAAGUCCAGGAAGGAGAGAAUGUGACAUUGGUUGCCCGGCUCUCUCAAGAGAAGGCUUUAGUCCAUUGGCUGAAGAACAUGCGGCCACUUUAUCCUGGGCCACGAGUGACUAUUAGCAGUGAGGGGUUGUUGCGCAGCCUCACCAUCAGGCAAGCUGAGCCAGGUGACAGCGGCAUCUUCAGUUGUGAUACGGGAGAUGAUGAAGUGCAUUUCACAAUAUGUGUGCAAGAGGCCCCAGUGCUGUUUGUGCCGAAGCAUCCAGAGCAUCCAGAGAAGGUGCUGGUACUGGAGGGGGGCAGUGCAGUGCUCUCAGCCAUUGUCUCCAAAGAGCUGGCUGUGGUGAACUGGGAGGGCCCUCAAGGGGUCUUGGUGGCAGGGGAACACUGCCAGCUACGCAGAGAGGGCCGGGUGCACAGCCUCCUGCUUAGCAAUGUGAGCAAGGCCGAUGCCGGCGAGUAUCUAUGCUGCUCCCAUCAUGACAAGAUGCAUUUCGAGCUUAGCGUCAAAGAGCUGCCGGUGAAGUUUGUCCGGGGUCUCUCAGAUGUGUCAGCUCUGCAGGGGGACAUGGUGCUGUUCUGGUGUGAACUGUGCAAAACCAAGGGUGAUGUAUUGUGGCUGAAGGAUGGUCAGGAGCUGGCACCAAAUGAGCGCCUGGAAAUCCGGGUAGAGGGAAGAGAGCGUUCUUUGACCCUGAGCCAUGUGAGGCCUGAGGAUGCUGGCGAGUAUUCAUGUGAGAGCAAGGAUGAUCGCACCCUGGCCGUCCUCACAGUACAGAUCCCCAGGUUAGUGGAGAUCAUUUCCGAGCUGCACAACUUAACAGUGUUGGAGGGGGACGAUGCUACCUUCAAAGUCGUGAUAUCUCCAGACAACGUGACCCUGAAGUGGCAGCUGAAUGGCCAGGAGGUGGUUCCCAGUGAACGAUUUGUCACAACGAGAAAUGGGCUGUGCCAUACCCUCACCAUACGACAGUGUCGGCUGAGCGACAGUGGCACCGUAACCGUCAGUGCAGAAGGCCUGGUGAGCACAGCCAGGUUGAGUGUACAAGAGGCUCAGGUGCUGUUUGUGCAGACACUGCGUGACUUGAUGGUGGAGGAGGGUCAGGACGUGCACUUGGAAGUGAAGCUAAGCUUGGAGAAUGCUGAAGUGCAGUGGAUGAAGCAGGGCAUCCUGCUCCAGCCAUCCAUCAAAUACUCUAUGGAGGCACAUGGACAUCAGCGAGCCCUCACCAUUCACAAUGCUGAACUCUCCGACCGAGGCACCUACCGUUGUGAGAGCCUGCAUGACCGCACCCAAGCCAGGCUGAAUGUGGAACCCCGAAAAGUGAUGGUGAGGAAACCACUAUCGGAUGUGGAGACUGUCGAAAAGGAAACUGUGACAUUUGAGCUUGAACUGUCACACGCCAAUGUGCCUGGGGUAUGGACACGUGAUGGAAUCCGUAUGAAGCCCAGCUCCACCUGCCGAGUGAGCGCCAUAGGCUGUGUGCAUAGUCUGACACUGAUGGGGCUCACUCUAGAUGAUUCGGGUAGUGUGGCCUUCACUGCUGACACUGUGCGGAGCAGCGCCCGUCUUGUGGUCCAAGAGCCGCCAGUCACUAUGCUGCGCUUUCCCCAGGAUAUGGGCAUUCCUGAGACAGGCUCAGCCACCUUUGAGUGUGAGCUGUCCAGGCCUCUGGCCGAGGUGAAGUGGUACAAGGAUGGGGAGGCGAUCCAGAUAGGACCCAACUGUCGCAUGUACUCAGUGGGUCGCCGGCGCCUCUUGCAGAUUAACCAUUGUAGUCUUGAGGAUGCAGGCGAAUACAUGUGUGAUGCUGGUGACUGUUGUGCCUCUGCCAGCCUGCGUGUUUUUGAACGUCAAGUUCAGAUUGUGCGAGAACUGGAAGAUGUGCGUGUUCGGGAGAACGAAAAUGCUGUCUUCAUGUGUGAGGUGUCACUUGAGGAAGUGAAAGGUGAAUGGUUCCUGAAUGGAGAAAGAAUCAAAGUAACCAGCACAGUGAAAAUAAGGCAGGAAGGGGCCCGACACUUCUUGCUUCUAUGCUGCGUCCGUCCUGAGGAUGCAGGGCAAAUCCGCUUUAUAGCCAAGGCUGCUACUUCGGAAGCCCAUCUGGAAGUGGAGGCACUGCCCAUCCGCAUUGUAAAGCCACUGCGAGACAAGACUGUGUUAGCCCGGCAUAAAGCCACACUGGAAUGUACAGUGUCUCAAUCUCGUGGGCGAGUGCGCUGGUUUCGUGGUGACACAGAGAUCUUUGCUGGCCGAAAGUAUGAGAUCUGCAACUUGGAUUGUUACCGAACUCUUGUCAUCCAUUGUGUUGAGCCUGCAGAUGAGGGCCUGUAUACUUGUGAUGCGCUGGAUGAUCGCUCUACAGCACGUCUCCUAGUGGAGGCUGAAGGGAUCCAGGUGGUGAGGGCCCUGCGCAGCGUGGAAGUGAUGGCUCCUUCAGAGGCCCAGUUUGAGUGUGAAAUAUCAGCUCCUCUGUCAUGUACCCCCCAGUGGAGCCUCAAUGGGGAAGCGUUACAGCCCAGUUCGCAAGUACAAAUGGAAAGUAUGGGACACAUCCAUAGACUAAGGCUGUGCCAAACAACACCUGGCAUGAAUGGGAUGGUGAAAGUUACUGUUGGCAGUGCCCGCUCCAAGGCUCGGCUCACAGUUCGAGAUUGCUAGUGUUGGGAAGGUCCUGAUUACAGGACAGCUGUAUGUUGGUGUAGAAAGGCCAUGGCUGCCAGCAGAAUGCGGAGAUGGCAAAUUUAAUGGUUGCAUGGACAGACAAGUGGACACACAGACAAUUCCUCUCCCUUUCUCUCUGUUCUGCAUGCCAAGGGAAGCAGGUUCUGCUUUAUUAAAUGUUCAAUUCUUGA